AAAGUUGGCUCAAUACCACAGGCGUUUCUUGCAGUGAUAAUGUUUUCAAUUCACAUUGGCGGUAGCCCUGCCUGACCACCUUUUCACAAACAGAAGUUAUCUCAUGCGCGUUUCCCUAGAUUCACCACAUCUAUGUGAUUGCACGAACCGACCAACGAAUAACGGUAUUGCAUACCAGGACAAUCUAUCAGAUUUGCAUUGCUGGUGGUGCAUGUAAUAGUAGAACAAUGUAAGCCAUACUUAUCUGCUUCGUUUUCAGCUAACCGGAGGAGAGUUCAAGGGAAAAUGAACGUUAUUGGAAACUAAAUGCACUCUCAAAUCUGAGGCAUGGAUUUCGAGCAAGUCCUAGUCAAGGCCGGUGGGUUCGGCUUGUUCAACAAGACCGCCAUGUUGCUGCUCCUGCUGCUGAGCGGCUUCCACACAUCCCUGUACGUGUUUGGCCAUUUCCUAAUCACGGUGGCGCCGUUCAGCCAGUGGUGCUUCCCGAAGGACAGCAUACCUUCGGUGGAUGAGAUAAGCCGACUGCCCAGGGCAAGUGUCAGGACCUCCGUGCACUUCCUACUUGGAAUACGCUUACCGCAACGAAACAACCUUUCAGGAAAAUCUCAAGUCUUGUCCUACAGGAUGGCAGUACGACCGGAACGAGUUUUUCCAGACCAUAACUAUGGAGAAUCAGUGGUUUUGUGGAGAGAGCUGGAAGUUGUACACGGUCCACACGGCAUUUUGGGUUGGUUCCAUGGUCGGCUACUUGAUCUGCGGAACGUUAUCAGAUAGAAUUGGACGGAAGAAGACUGCCGCGAUACUGACACUCAUCGGAACUGGUGCCAACGUCGCUGGGACCUUUUUCACCGAUCAUGUGGGAUUCUCGGUGCUUCGGUUUUUUACUGGCAUGGGCUCACUGACCGUUAAUAGUGCGAUAUUUGUUCUAGUGACGGAGUACACGGUGUCUCACAGAAGGACACUGGUGGCCUUUGUGUGGGCCACCACGUGGGCAGUGGUGGGCUGCGCGGUACCCUGGUACGGCUACCUGACACAGAGCUGGCGGGCCUUGCUCUAUGCUGCAGCAAUUUCCGACGUACUGCUGCUGCUUUGUCUAUGCUGGAUUCCCGAGUCUUCGUGCUGGCUUCUGUCAGUUGGUCGCGUUGCCGAGGCGGUCCAUUCGAUCCAGCGCCUCGCAUCAAUGAACAGAAGAAAAGUCACAAAAGAACAAAUCUUGGAACUCUUAAUUGGGUCGUCGACUUGGAGGGUGGGCCGAGGCUUCCUCUACGGGUGA